UAGUUGCAUCGAAACGUUGAAGCGUGGCGUACGUAAUUGUGUCGGUAUUGUUUGGUUGUAUUGACUGCUGUGGUGGCUUCAGUGGGAAUUUGGCACUGCUCAAAUCCGAGCGUUGCUGCUGCUGCUGCGCUUAGUAUAGAUUUUCUGCCAGUGCUCCCAAUAUAAUUGUAUAUGUAUAAAAGAAGUGCAAAAUAAGUGGUGUAAGCGUAUAUAUUUAUCGCAUUGACGCGCGCUCACCAAUACAGUAACAAAUACUGCCAACCCUCAAAAGUCGCCGUUGAAGCCGCUGCCGCUGUCGCCGUCGUCAUCGUCGUCGUCGUCGUCGCUGUUGCGUCGUUUCAGCAAGCAAAAAAUAAAAAGAAAGAGAAUAACAAGUGCGCGAGUGUUGUAAAAUGAUUGUAGGCCGUGGACCGAGCGCAUUAGCUGCGCUGCUGCUGCUCUGCUGCUAUACAACGCAUGCAGCUGCCGCCGAUUUGGCGGACAAACUGCGCGAUGAUUCGGAACUUUCACAGAGUACUGCCAAAAGCUUCAAGCGCCUUAUGCCAGUUAGGUUCUAUAGUCUGCUGGAGCAGAAUCCUGUUGCCAAUGCGACACUUUCGCUGCGCUCCUGCACCAUCUUUGUGCCCACUAACGAAGCCUUCCAGCGCCACAAGGGUCCCACCCAUGUCCUCUAUCACAUCACCACGGCGGCGUUCAGUAAAGAUCAACUGGAAAAGACCGUGUCAUCGGACAUGGAAGGGAAUCCGCCGCUCUACAUAACAAAGAGCCGCAAUGGUGACAUCUAUGUGAACAAUGCCCGCAUCAUACCCUCGCUCAGCGUCGAGCUGACAAACCGCGAGGGCAAGCGUCAGGUCAUGCAUAUUAUUGACGAGGUCCUGGAACCACUCACUGCGCUGCCAACUGCCAAAACAGAAAUCAAUAAUCUCGAUGCCCUGCAAUUUAUACAAAAGGCCGAUCAGCUGAGUGUCGGCGACAACAAACUGCGCACCUAUCGCUCCCAGCUGGCGCUGAUGAAGAAGGAAUCGCUGUAUAAUGCGCCGGGAGCGCACACCUUCCUCCUGCCCGUGGACGAGGGCUUCAAGAUAACGACCCGCAGCAGUUUGGUGGAUGGCAAGGUCAUCGACGGUCACGUUAUACCGAACACUGUCAUUUUCACUGCCGCCUCGCAACACGACGAGCCCAAGACUUCCGCUGCCUUUGAGGAUCAACUGAAGGUCACCGUGAGCUUCUUCAAGCAAAAGGACGGCAAAAUGUAUGUCAAGUCCAAUACAAUUGUCGGCGAUGCCAAGCAUCCGGAGGGCGUGGUCCUGUCUGAGAUUGUCAAGGCCAAUAUACCCGUGAAAAACGGUGUCAUCCAUUUGAUUCGUCGCCCGCUCAUGAUCAUCGAUACGACCGUCACACAAUUUCUACAGAAAAAUUUUGGGUGUAAUUCGUUCAAGUUUGUGAACGACAACGGUGAGAACGGAGCAUUGCGCAAGUUCCUGGAGGUCAUCAUGGACUCUGGCGGCGCAGUGCUGGAUGGCAUUAACAAUCUGUCUGAAGUAACGAUUUUGGCUCCCAGCAAUGAAGCUUGGAAUACUUCAUCCAUUGACAAUAUUGUUAGAGAUCGCAAGAGGAUGACUGAUAUUCUCAACAUGCACAUCAUCAAGGAGCGCUUGAACGUCGAGAAGAUCAGGCAAAAGAAUGCAAAUAUGAUCGCUCAGGUUCCCACCGUGAACAAUAGAACGUUCCUGUACUUUAACAUCAUCGGCGAAGGCGCUGAUGCCAAGAUCACUGUUGAAGGCGGCGGCGUUAAUGCCACCAUCCUGCAGGCAGAUGUUGCUCAAACCAACGGCUAUGUGCACAUCAUUGACCACGUGUUGGGCGUGCCCCACACCACAGUGCUGGGCAAGCUGGAAACCGACCCCAUGAUGAGUGAUACUUACCGAAUGGGCCAAUUCUCGAACUUUAACGAUCAGCUGAAUAAUACCCAGCGUCGGUACACGUUCUUCGUGCCCCGCGAUAAGGGCUGGCAGAAGACUGAACUGGACUAUCCCUCGGCGCACAAGAAGCUCUUCAUGCGCGACUUUGCAUAUCAUUCGAAAUACAUUUUGGAACGUCAUCUGGUCAUUGCGGAUCAUGUGUUUACCAUGAAAGAUCUGGCUCAAAUGUCCCUGACUACCGACAAUGUGGUGUUGCCCACAUUCCGCGAUUCACUCAAAAUGAAGGUCAAUGAGGAGGCUGGACAUCUACAUGAUGAGUAUGCUAGUCACGAAUGGACUGGGUAUGUGAUCACGUGGAAUUACAAGAAGAUAAAUGUGUAUCGGCCGGACGUUGAGUGCACCAAUGGCAUCAUACAUGUCAUCGACUACCCGUUGCUGGAGGAGAAAGACAUUGUUGUUAGCGGAGGUAGCUAUAUGCCAGAAUCAAGCAUUUGCAUCCUGUUGGCCAACCUCAUAAUGAUAACAGUAGCAAAGUUCUUGAACUAAACAAAAACGCAUUAUUCAUAAUGUAUACAAAUUGAAAAAUUUCGAUAUAUGCAAAAAAAAAAAAAAAAACAAUACAGUCGUAAUCAAAACAAUUCAACAACAAACAAACAGCAACAACAACAGCAACAAGACAAUUCGAAAACUAAAAUGAUACCAAACUAAUAUAAAAAUAUUGCAUAUGUUUAGCACAUGUUGUUAUACUUGCGUGCAUAUAUAAAUAUAUAUUUCUAUAUAUAUAUACCGACACACCUACAUACAUACAAACAUACAUUCAUAUAUGAUGAACUGUAUUAUAUGUGUCACAAGGAACACGCCUCACAGCAUAUAAAAAGGCACGCUCACUAGCCACAUCCUCCACCUCCAUACGAAACACCCAAAAUGAAUCUUCACCGGAUUGGCUUUCAAGUUUGGCAGAGCGUUAUAUGAAAACAAUUUGAUGUACAUUUUAAGAAUUGAAUUCGAUAACAUCCCUACUAAGGCCUUAUGUAUCAUAUGAAAUAUACAACUAUUCUUAAUUAAAUUUUAUGCCUAUGUUCGACAUACACAUACACACACACACACACAUACAUAUAUACAUAUAUCUGAUUAUGGUUUAAGUUCAGUUUAAAUAUCUCCUUGCUCGCUAAUUAUAAGUUUUAAUUCGAUUAUGUUUGAUUUUAAGUGUACAUUUUAUUGUCAGUUUAUGAUUUAGUUAAUGUCUAAUUUAUGAUUUGUUCUAUGAGUUAACCUUAUGUAAGUAAUAUGCGAAUCUCAUUGUACAUGUCAGAGCGAAAGCAAUAAGCGCAUUACGCAUUCUCACAACAAGCAUACACAACAUAAACAAUACAUUUAUAACAUGUAACAGAACGAAAAAUCAUGACAACCUUUUUAAACAAUGUGAAAUUUUAUAAUAAACCUAAAAGAAACUUUU